AUGAGAAGGCUUCACAUAUUAAUCUUAACAGUUGUUUCAUUACAAGGAUGUCUUUGUCAAAGUAUUCGAGCUAGUAUAAGGCCGAUUCGGAUUGGAUCAAAGGCCGUAGUCCUGCAGACAGUGGACAAUAGUGACGAUGUCGAUUAUCCUCCACCACACUAUGGAUAUUAUCCACCAUGCAAAUGUCCUCCCGGACCACCCGGGCCACCGGGACCACCUGGUCUUCCGGGUAGACCCGGAGCUCCUGGGUUUCCCGGGCCCAAAGGUGAUACUGGUCGUCCAGGCCUGCCGGGACAUCCAGGCAAGGAUGGUAUGGAUGGCAGACCUGGAGAUAAAGGACCUCCCGGACCUCCUGGCCAUCCUGGAAUGCCAGGUCUUCCAGGUCCACAAGGACCGCCAGGUGGCAGUGGGCACCACCAUCACCAUCCUCCUUCUUAUCCUUAUCCACCUUAUCCUUAUCCUCCUUAUGGAUAUCCACCUGGUUAUCCACCACCAUACCCAUACCCAACUCCGGCGCCACCAGGAGAUGGUGGUGAAGAAGACGGGGAAUUGUAUAAGAAGUAA